AAAUGAUUCCACCAGAACGGAAUGUGAUCUCGUCGCUUGUCGUUGCGCGCGGUGGUUAUAGUCGAAAUAUUUUAAAUCUUAAUUGUUGUUGACAUUUUUUUUAAAUAUAAAAUUUAUAUUUUGACGCCUCAAAAUAAUGGUUAUGGAAAUUAUUUAUUUACCAUGGAUCGACAUCUGCUCAUGUAUAAUAUUUUCUGUGGCAGCACUGUGCGUGACGACACUGGCUAAAAGAAAUCACCACAUAAUUGAUCUAUUGGAGAAAUCUUCACAAGACUCGUGGUCAACGAGCUUGCCUUCAUUGGUGACCCAAAAUUCUACAGUAGAACCGUACGACAAUGAUGAAUACCACGAGGAUGAGGACAGUCUCUCGUUGGACAAUCUUUUUCCUUGUGAUCAGACAGAGAUUUAUGCUUCCAAGAAGAUAAGUUAUAUUAUUGACGAAUUGGUACAAACGGAAGUCAACUACGUCGAUAAUCUUAAAAGAGGUCUUAAAAAUUAUGGUGAUAUCUAUAUUCGAGACGACUUGCCGCUUACUCUAAAGGGAACAAAAACUGAGCUUUUCGGACACAUUGAGGAUAUUUUGAAUCUUCAUGAGAACAUUAUACUACCUAUGAUGCAACGCAACCAAAGAGAUUUAAAAACAUUAUUUGAUGAAUUUUCGGAACAUUUUGAAAAAAAUCAGUUUUAUUGCUACGUUAACUUCACUAUUAACAAAAAAACAUCAAUGGCACUGCGCCAGGAGCACCGAGAAUACUUCAAGACACUCCAAACAGAGUUCAAUGACAAACUGGGAAUUGAUAGCUUCCUAGUGCAACCCAUCCAAAGACUGACCCGCUAUCCACUAUUAUUACAGCAAUUAAUAUUGGAUUUUUUUAAAAAUGGUAUCAAUUGCAAGCCUGUUCUCAAAUCAUGUUGUAAAUUAGACACUCGAAUGAGGAACCACCUCGCCGUAGUCAACCAAUCUGAAGAAAUCAAAUCUAUAGAAGAACUUGAUGAGCUUAACAUUCUUGAGCAAGGAUAUUUCCUAAAGUCUAGUGAAUUCGACGCGUAUAAUCAUAAAUCUCGAAAGAAAUUUCGAUGUAAGGUGUAUCUUUUCGAAAAAUGUCUCCUUUGUACUGAAGUAAAAAAAAAGAGACUCGCUUAUCGUUGCCAUUUUGCAUGGGACUCUAUUGAAGUUUCGGCCAAUAGUUCUAAAUCAUUACUCGUUACCCAUAAAGUUCAUAAUCGACCCGAAUUUGAGUUCGCAGCAGCGGAAGCUUACGUGAUUAAGCAGUGGAUGCGCUGUAUUCUUAAAAUUACAGAAGCGACAAAGGAGAGGUUAGAAAGUGAAACAAAGUUGACGUUACCAAUGGAAGUGGUCUUGUUUGUCGUCUUCAUGAUGUGGAUUAUGUUUCGAUUAUUUUAAGUUUUGGAAUUAAGUAUAAGAUUAAAUAAUAUAGAAAGCUAUGAACAAAAAUAAUGACUUAAUAGAUUAAUUAUUUUAAUUUUGUUA